CAGUCGUUCACUUCAAGUUCUUGUACUAAUCUUCUGGUUCUCGUAUUUUUACCAAACGCACCUUUACUCUCUCCACAAGGCUUCUCACAAAUUGAUAAAAACCCUAUCUUCCCAAAUUACUCCAUACAGCUCACGCACCCCCUUUUCACCUCAUCCACCACCAUAAUAUCACCGGCAAUGGCAGCCGCCACAGCCAUGGCUCUCGAUCCGAAGCCCCUCCCAUCCGAACCACCACCGACGCGCCAAAAGCUUGAAAUCGACCCGUCCGCAGCCGCCGCGGACGCCGAAGACGAUCUCUACUCCCGCCUCAAAUCGCUGCAGCGCCAGCUCGAGUUCAUCGAGAUACAGGAGGAGUACGUUAAGGACGAGCUGAAGAACCUCCGGCGCGAGCUUCUGCGGUCGCAGGAGGAGGUGAAGAGGAUCCAGUCAGUCCCGCUGGUCAUCGGCCAGUUCAUGGAGAUGAUAGAUCAGAACAACGCCAUAGUCGGGUCCACAACCGGUUCGAAUUACUAUGUUCGGAUCCUGAGCACAAUCAACCGCGAGCUCCUCAAGCCCUCCGCCUCCGUUGCGCUUCACCGUCACUCGAACGCCCUUGUUGAUGUUCUCCCGCCUGAGGCCGACUCCAGCAUCUCGCUCCUCAGCCAGUCGGAGAAGCCCGAUGUUACUUACAAUGAUAUUGGAGGAUGUGACAUUCAAAAGCAAGAAAUACGAGAAGCUGUGGAGUUGCCCUUAACUCAUCAUGAGCUGUACCAACAGAUCGGCAUAGAUCCUCCUCGCGGUGUCUUACUCUAUGGUCCACCUGGCACAGGGAAAACAAUGCUUGCAAAAGCUGUCGCCCAUCACACUACUGCAGCCUUUAUUAGAGUUGUUGGUUCAGAGUUCGUUCAGAAGUAUUUGGGAGAGGGUCCUCGAAUGGUCCGUGAUGUUUUCCGUCUCGCAAAAGAAAAUGCACCUGCCAUUAUUUUCAUUGAUGAGGUAGAUGCGAUUGCUACUGCUAGGUUUGAUGCUCAAACUGGAGCUGACAGAGAGGUUCAGAGAAUUCUCAUGGAAUUGCUUAAUCAGAUGGAUGGAUUUGACCAGACAGUUAAUGUGAAGGUUAUCAUGGCAACAAAUAGGGCCGACACUUUGGAUCCUGCUCUUCUCCGUCCUGGAAGACUUGAUCGUAAGAUUGAGUUCCCGUUGCCAGAUAGGCGUCAAAAGAGACUUGUCUUUCAGGUUUGCACUGCUAAAAUGAACUUGAGUGAUGAGGUGGAUUUGGAGGACUAUGUCUCUCGUCCAGACAAAAUUAGUGCUGCUGAGAUUGCGGCGAUAUGCCAGGAAGCAGGUAUGCUUGCAGUUAGGAAGAACCGUUAUGUAAUACUCCCCAAAGAUUUCGAGAAGGGUUACAGGUCCAACGUGAAGAAACCCGACACAGAUUUUGAAUUCUACAAGUGAGAUCUCCAUGUAAAAGUUCAGAGAGAGUUUGAAUAUGCUCCGCUCUUAAACAACUUCUUUCGUUUUAUCAGCCAGCCCCCAGGAAUGAGAGUUUUAUCGAAUUAUCUAGUGCAACUGAACUUUGUAGCAUGGGUGUGUAGACUUUUUUUUUUUUUUUUUUUUNU